AUGCAAACAGUGUCCAAGGAUAACACGCGUAGAUGCAUAGCCGGGCAUAUUAUACGCAUCCGGCAUAUCGAUCGAGUCAUCGAUGCGACGACAAUUUGCCGGUCUGCUCGCCUGCGACGUCGGUAUGCAAAUGCCCGCGCUCGUUUUCCUCUGCCCCGGUGCGGCUCGGAGGCUUCGCGCGUACCUCGGCUCGUGCGCCGGAUGUACCGCUGUCGUCGCCGGAAAUUGAGAACGCUGCAUAAAUUCCGAGCGCACAAAACAAAUUUGAUACGAUAUAAUCCGGAUAUUGAUACAGACACGCCGACGUGUAUUCUAACGGUAUCGCGGCGGAUCCCGCGCGCCGACGUACUUUUAAAGCGAAUUAUGAGGAUUAUUCGAAUAGAAAUUCACAAAUAUUUCGGCUGCGACUAUUUCAAUUUCAGUAGCGUAUUCUCGAGGAAAAACGUUGUGGAUGUUCUUGUGGCGUCUGCGAAAGCAACAUAG